AUGAAGCUCUCUUCUUUCUACUGUGGAAAUUUUUGCUUACCAUUCUCAGUCCUGCUGCUGACUGCCAUGGUGGUCUACAAGCUCAAGCAACCCCACAACAGAAGUGUCUGCUUCAAUGGACAGUGUCAAGGCAAGCAAUGUAUCCUGUUGCUAAAUCAGUUCCCCUCCUUGGUCAACCAUCCCAUGCCUCCUUACUGCUUCACUCCUUUCCUGAGGGCAUGCUGGAGUGGCAACACACCAUUAGUUAGAUACAUGCUGAAAAAUGGAGCGGACUUGCAUUCGUGUACUAUUAGUAGAGAAACUCCUAUUUUACUGGCAGCGUACCGAGUUAUCAAGAACAAAGUAUGGGACCCAAGUGUUCUGAAUCUCCUCCAUGAAGCAGGUUGUGAUCUGAGUGAGCCAAACAAGAAAGGUAGCACCGCAUUACACCUGGCCGCACGUGAAGGUCACACCUCACUCACCUACUGGCUGCUGGUACGCGGUGCACACCUCACCUUACGCCCUUCCUCCAAGCAGAAGACUCCUUACCAAGUUGCUAUGACCCAUGAGGACUUGAAACAUAGAAGUGUAGCAGCCAUUCUCCACACAUUCUCUCCUGAGAUGGUUUGCCAGCAUCCAGAACCACCCAAACAGCACCACGGUGACCGGGCCGAAAAGAAAAGACAGUGAAUGUUCACACAACCAGAAUGUAUUCAGUUGAGUCGGUUUUUCUUUCAACUACUCACCGGUCUGUGUCGAAGAUAAGCAACUAGAGGCUACCUCUUCUCUAUCACCAACAGAUGUCUUCCAGAUGGAGUGUUAUCACAAGGAACUUGGCAGCCUGAAGUGCUAGUGCAAUUCGUAGAGGUGUGAAAAACAUUUUUUUAUAAUUCCUAAGUGCCACUAUAUUAAAAAACAAGUUUAUACCAUAUUUAUUUCCAAAGUUUUGUAUUUAGGUUAUUUACCCUUAAGCCAUGUUAGAUAAAUAAUGCCAACAUAACAACAAAUGGUCGUUAUAACCACAUAUUUAAUAAACAUAACUGUGAUAACUUUCACCAAUUAUGUAGUACAAUGUUGUAAGUGACCAGUUUUCAGCUUUUAUUUAAUUUUAAGUCAAUUAUUAGUAAAAUACUUAAUUUUUUAGUUAAUAGUGUUUUGUUGUAGUGGUUAUCUAGUUUGUAUGUGUACAAAGCUUGUUGUUUUUUUUUUUUUUUUACACUGAAAUACAAAAAUAAUAAUUUUAAUUUUGUUACUUAAUGGAAGCAAACAUUUUGGUGUAGUUUCGCUUUUAAGAAGUUUCCAUUGCAAUAUAAUUUUGAAUAUCUUCAGCUUAUACAGUGUAUGGUGUUUAAAAAAAUAUAUGUUGUGUUUGGUUUCCAGUGAUAAAAGUAAAAUUUUGUACUUAAAACUUAAAUCAAAUAAAUGCCACGGUUGGUGUAUUCUUAAAGGCAGCAAAGGUUUAACUGUGUAUCGCUUACAAUUGUACUGAUGAAACAAGAUGAUUCAAUUUUAUACUGUUAUAAAAAUAGUAGUGAUAUAAGUGUUCCAGUUGUAGGAAUUUGUACCUCGGAUUCCAUUAACGGACAUUUUUAAUGAACUAAAGAAUAAUAAAUUAGAGUGAAAAAUUGGUUUUUGUAGGUAGUGUCCUUAUUCAGUUACCAAUUAGUACUCAAUGAAGCUUAAUUAAUUGAGUAUUGAUCCAUUAAAUAAAUGCAAACUGUAAAGUUGUUAAAAUUUUUUGGGGAGCUCCACUUGUGACAUUAAUUUAUACCUACUAUUACUAAUUUUAACUCCUGCGAAGCGUUUUAGAGUAGUAGUUUGAGUAUAAUAAGCAUCCAAAUAGUUAUCCCUGGAUAACAUAUAAGUAUAAGUGGAUGCGGAUUUUAAAUCUUUUGAUUUAUUUUAUAUAUUUCUCACUUUUAUAAGACCUUAACAAAGAACUUUCAAAUUGAUCUGUGAUUGUAUUAGAGAUUUUCUUAUCCUCAUGGAAAUAAAAUUACUGCACCAUGAAACAGUUGGAAAAAAACACAUCCAUUUAGUUAAAAAGAGUCAGUUUUAUCCUACAACCAUAUAAAAGAUUUUACUUUUUUCUAACACACUACUUAAUUCUACUAUGUUUUUCCCAGCUAGCUGUUUAUAAGUAUUAUUUGUAGUUGAUAAUUUAGUUGGCAUUACAGAUUUAGACCGUAUGCCCAGUAAGAGCUUUUAAUAUUAUACUAUUGUUCCUAAAUUAGGAUUAAGAAUGUAUAGAACUGUUCAGACAUAUCAAUAACUUAAGUUUAACUUGUAUGUUUGACCAAGCUUUGAAAAGUACAAAACAUGUACUUUUACAUUAUAUAUAAGUACGUUUUUGUUAUGUUGUUGAAACAUUGUAUUUUAAAGUUUGUUUAUAAUAAUACUAUUUUGACGAA